AUGGCGCUGUCCGAGUCGGGCGUUGCCGAUGUCACAGGGGUUGACUCGCCGCCUCUGGUAAGCCGCGUUGGUCUGCACAAUUUGCGCAUCUUCGAUGGGGUUUUCGAUUUGGCGUUGAGUGAGCAUUUGGAGGAGGCUCUGUUCCUAUCACGGUUCGCAGCGGAGAUGGAGAUGACAACGAGGGUCGGCGGGGCUUGUGUGGUGGUCGUUGAGGAGUGCAAUCACGUGAAGGUGGAGGAGACUGUGGGUUUGUUUAGGAAGUCAAGAUUUGUGGGUGUUGUUAAUGUUACUUUGAUUGGAUUGAAGAUGGCUAAAAGCAUUUCGUAA